AUGACAGAGCUUCAGUCGUAUUUGAGUCGCUUCGAUAUCGGAUUCGCCGUCAGACAUGGCGAAUUCGCGUGGUCGACCGCGCUAGGUUGGAUCUGUCUGAUCUGGUACACCGUCGUGUUCACUAAACCUCAACAAUCCCAUUCAGCCUCCUCCACCGAUGCCCCUCAUGUCACCGCCAUCCGCCCCGUCAAGGGCCUUGAACCACAUCUCUACGACUGUCUGGCUGCGACGUUCGAGCAGGAUUAUCCCCGCGAUAAAUUGACCGUGUAUUUCUGCAUCUCAUCGCAGGCCGACCCCGCCUUCCCAACCCUGCAGAAACUUUUGGAGGAUUAUCCGCAUCGCGAUGCGCGCAUCUACAUCGAGGAGGAAGACCCGUUACUCCAGCCCCAUAAUAAGGCCAACUACGACCUGGGCCCCAAUCCCAAGAUACGCAAUAUGAGCCGUGCGUACAGAGAAGCCAAGGGUGAUCUGGUCUGGAUCAUCGACUGCAACGUGUGGGUGGGACAAGGAGUCUGCGGCCGGAUGGUGGACAGACUGUGCGGGCUAGGGGGCAAACAAGGGAAGAAGUACAAGUUUGUGCACCACUUGCCCAUUGCUGUGGAUGUGACGGGGACGAUUGGCCUGCGAGAGCAGCGGGAAGCUUUCUUGCAAGCGCACGAUGAAGGCGAUGCUAUUCCGGAAAGAAACGAAGCAGCAGCGUUGAUAAGAGAACAGCAUGGCGAGGUUGGCUGCCUUGCGACCGGGGGUGGUCGCCUAGAAGAACUGUUCCUGUCCUCUUCUCAUGCAAAGAUGUACACUGCCAUCAACACCGUCCUCAUUGCCCCGUGCAUUGUCGGUAAAUCGAAUAUGUUUCGCCGUUCCCACCUUGAUGAAUUGACCAAACCAUCGCCUACUGAUCCGCGGCCGCGCCAUCCUGGGAUUGACUACUUCUCCGACAACAUAUGCGAGGAUCAUCUGAUUGGAGAUUUGUUGUGGAAAAGACAAGUCCGCGAGGAAACGGAAUCAGGAGAGCGCUGGGGCAAACAUGGUAUGGUCUUUGGCGAUCUUGCCAUUCAGCCCGUCGCAAACAUGAGUGUCCAGGCCUACAUCGCACGUCGAGUCCGGUGGCUACGUGUGCGCAAGUUCACGGUUCUGCUUGCGACUCUAGUUGAGCCGGGUACGGAGUCGAUCGUCUGUUCUCUGUAUGGAGCAUGGGGAGUCACAACUUCUCUUGCUCACUUCCUGCAGCGCAAUGGCUUUGGGUGGGCCAGUUACCUGACCUCGUGGACCGCGUUUUUGGCACUCUUCUCUCUGAGCAUCGUCACUUGGGCAUUGAUCGAUUGGACCUUGUAUAUCAAACUACACUCAGCGAAAACCGUCGAGCUCGACGAGGACACGCCGUGCUUUGCACGACCACCGGUCCGUCAGCGGACGAGGCGGUCCUUCCUCCAUUGGUUUGCGGCAUGGCUGGGGCGAGAGAUGCAUGCUUUUCCGAUCUGGGUUUGGGCGUUCUAUGGCGGAGUGACCGUCGUCUGGCGCGACCGACGAUUCCGGGUUGGACUUGACAUGAAGGUUCAAGAAAUCAGGAAUGGAAAGGGAGUCCAGAUGGAAGGAUCAUUUUCGAGUCCCGCUUCUCGGUUAGUCGCUCAGAGUCGAGUCGAUAGUCAUCCAGGGGAACCUCGGAAAGUGAGGCGCGAUUGA